AUGCCCUCCUCCUCGACUUCCAGUUGUCCCUUUUGUACGAUAUCCCAAGCGCAUCCUCCGUCAUCCACUCCUUCUCACAACCACGAACUCACCGACCCGCCAUCAUUCGUAGUCCUUUCCACGCCCUUGGUUCUGGCCUUCCUGGACAUUCUACCCCUAGCGCCAGGCCAUCUUCUCGUCACCACGCGUCAGCAUCAUGAGAAAAUAAGUGAUGUGUCAGAAGAGGAGGCUGUUGAGCUGGGCCGAUGGCUACCAAGACUAAGUAGGGUUAGUGCACGGGUGGGCGAGGUGUGGGAUUGGAACAUUGUGCAAAACAAUGGAGCAGCAGCAGCACAGGUUGUCCCGCAUGUUCAUUUCCACUUAAUACCACGGCCUGGUCUAACACCUGAAUUGCGGAAUCGAAGUUUCACGAUGUUUGGGCGUGGUCAGCGAACCGAGCUUGACGACGAAGAGGCGGUAGUGCUUGCUAGGAAGUUGAGAGAUGAGCUCCGGAAGGAGAUCGCGAGGCUCGAGGGGGGCAAGUUAUGA